UGAACAGAAACUUGCAGCAGCAACAUUUGAAAGGGAGACACCAGCAGUGUGGAGAAUCAGUAAAGAAUGGAAAAUGCAUCCUCGGUGACAUCAGUGAUACUGACUGCCUUUUAUGAAAUGGAAGACCUGAAAUACUUCUACUUUGCUAUUUUCCUUCUUGUGUACUUUGCCAUCAUUGCUGAAAAUGUCAUUCUUAUUGUGGUCAUUUAUGUUCAUAGAGCUCUGCAUGAACCGAUGUAUGUCUUUGUCUGUAAUUUGGCGCUUAAUGAAUUGUAUGGGAGCACGGCUUUGCUGCCCCCCAUUAUGAGUAACUUAGUGUCAGAAACUCAUGAAGUAUCUCUGCCAUGCUGUCAAGCACAGACCUAUUGCUUGCACACAUAUGCAAUAACUGAAUUUACCAUUUUAGCAGUGAUGGGCUACGACAGGUACGUUGCCAUAUGUCACCCCCUGCAGUAUCACAGCAUCAUGUCUGUCUCAAAUGUUUAUAAGUGUGUUGUAUUAUCCUGGCUACUUCCCAUUAUUGCAUUCGGAAUGUUUUUUGUUCAAACUCUGAACUUGAUAGUUUGUGGGAAAAUAAUGGAGAGGGUCUAUUGCUCCAACUAUUCCCUGGUUAAGCUCUCCUGCACAGAUACAACCAUUUCAAACAUCCUUGGAUUGUUUUCACUCUUUGUGUACACUCUUCCACAGAUUAUUAUUAUACUUUACUCAUACGUGCAUAUUCUUAGGGUCUGCUUUCACUCUAAAGAAUCACGAAUGAAAGCACUGAAAACGUGUAGUCCACACCUGUUGGCCAUCUUGAACUAUUCUAUCGGCUGUUUCUUUGAAAUGAGCCAAAGCAGGCUGAACAUGAGUCAUGUGCACUACGGAGCUCGUAUUUUCAUGUCCCUGUACUUUCUGAUCUUUCCUCCCAUACUAAAUCCUGCCAUGUAUGGGAUGAGCAUUCAAGCCGUGAGAGUUCGGAUUUUUAAACUGGUCAAAAUCGAAAAAAGCGAAAAUAGCUCCAGUUUCACAUGAGGUAAAGAUCUAAUCACUAUUGAGCCCUCCACAUUUUAAACUUUAUUUUAAAAACAAGUUGCUAUUUCAUUUUUGUAUUUACAUUCGUUUUGUUUGCAUUGCAAGCUGCUCUGGACUAGAAUGUAUAUUAAAUUAUGCUGCUGUAAUAUUUUGAAUUUCAGGAUAUUUAGGAACACUUUAACUUCAUGAUUUAUUUAAUUUUAUGGUUUUGCAUAUUACUUUUAGACAUUAGAGGAUAAGAAUUGACUGUUUGGCUAUUGUCAAUUGUUGCUUGUUAUGGAUUUUUUUUUAUUUAGAAUGUUUUUAUCAUUGAUUUUAACAUUGUAUAGUACUGGAUGAACUGAACCUUUUCGAUCAUUACGAAUUAUGUGGCCCAUGGAUGGUUUUGACCCUACAAGACUGCAUAGAACAUUUAUGCCAGCGGCAGGUUCUGAGAGUGUUCCUGUUGUGCUUCAGAUGUGGAGCGGUGGAUUAUCAAUGACAGAAAAUAAAAACAUUUUUAAAAACGAAUGCAAGUUGCUUGGAAUCUAAAAGUGAGGUUUAACUUUUAAAUUAUUUUUACGACAUACCCAAUGCAUUUUACAGUACGAGAAUCUAGAAAAAUCUGUUCUUGUGAGUGCUUAAUAAAUUAGUCCAUUACUUCGUUGGUUGAACCUUAUACUCUCGAUAACAUAUAACAGACCUCCAGCUACAAACUACAAAGUUGUCAUUCAAUGACGGGUAUAGAUAUGGAAGCAAAAGGCUCAGUUCACUAUACGCUAAUUGCAAAUUGCAGCUGGUCAUGAAACCAUUUAUGUACAAAAAUACAAUUUUGGCAAAGAACACAAAUACAGCAAGACACCAUACAGCACAUCAGAUUCCUAACAGUUGAAGAGUGGAAAGUGAAUCAGCACAGAACAGGGGAAUUUGAUCUCUUAUGUAAUGGAGAGGCCUUCCUGGUGACAUUUUUUACUGGCCCAGUCGCUGUAUAGAGAGACCAGACAACAGGCUGCUUUCAUACAUCUGAUUGGUUCACACGAGUGUUUAUUUCCAGCCCGUGCUAAUAAACCCUCCCGGUGUCUGUCAUCAGGAGGCAACAUGAUUGGAAUAUCAAAAACCACAUGAACAGGUGGACUCUGGGAAUUAAAAUCAACAUGAAUUAAAGCUUCGGCCAAUGAGAAGGCUGUCAGUUGAAACAGCACAGUUGAAAGAGCGCUUCUCAACCGUAACUUUUCGAAACAAGAUUUGAAAAGAGAGCAUACAACAGUGCGGUAGAGUAUUAAUAUGAAUUUUGCAUGUGUUAAAUUAUUUUAAUGUCUGAAAUGAAUGUAAUAUAUGUUACAGUACAUGGCCUACUAAAUUUAUUUUGUGAUUUGUGCGCAUUGGAAAUACGUAACUGUUUUCAAAUGAAAUUGGCUUUGGUUAUAUUCUGUGUAUAUUUUUAA